GAGAGCUCCGAGCGGCGUUUCUCUCUCUCUCUCUCUAUCUGCUCAGCCUCCAUCUCAGAUGAUUUCCAAAUCUCGUCUCUGAACCUGUUACGCGCUUUAUCCACUCUUAAGGUGAAGGAAUCUCUUUUUUUGGGUGAAAUUCAUUUUGUGUUGUGUCGAUUUAGCGUAUGUUUGCAAAAUUGAUUGAAUGUGUAGUGUAGAUUCAACUCUGAAUGCGGAUUGAAACUGGUGAACUCCAAUGAGUAGGUGUUUGCACAAUCCUAUAAAGAUUCUACCUUUUGCGUUUAAAUCGGCUUUGCUACCUUUAUCUCAAAGGUGGCUCUGUAAACUUCCUCCCAAGUCCUCCUCAUUGCCAAGCAUCUUCAAGGUUUCGGUUUCAACCAUGUCAAACAACCUCAACGGACACGUCACCAUGCCCUCAGAGCCUCAGAGAGCUUACCAAGUCGUCGUCGCUGCAACCAAGGAGAUGGGCAUCGGUAAAGACGGGAAACUCCCCUGGAGUUUGCCUACCGACCUCAAGUUCUUCAAGGAGUUAACACUGACCACUUCUGAUUCCUCCAAGAAGAACGCUGUUGUAAUGGGUAGGAAGACGUGGGAGUCUAUUCCCACCAAGUAUAAGCCACUCUCUGGUCGUCUCAACGUUGUCCUAACUCGCUCGAGCGGUUUCGACAUAGCUAACGCAGAGAACGUUGUAACUUGCAGAAGUAUAGAUUCUGCUUUAGAUUUAUUAGCUGGACCACCUUAUCGUCUCUCUAUUGAGAAGGUGUUUGUUAUAGGAGGCGGCGAGGUCUUGAGGGACUCGUUGAAUGGGCCGAGAUGCGAAGCCAUUCACUUAACUGAGAUUGAUACGAGUGUUGAAUGUGAUACGUUCGUUCCGGAGAUUGACUCUUCUGCGUAUCAGCCUUGGUGUUCUUCUCUUCCAGUAUGUGAGAAUGGACUUCGGUUUUCGUUCACUACUUAUGUUCGUGUGAAGAGUGAUGAGUCUAAGGAGGCUCUUGGAGUUGACUGGAGGAAGUUUUCUUCUUUGCUUCCUAAAAAGGUUUUUGAGCGGCAUGAGGAGUUUCUCUACUUGAAUAUGGUUAAUGAGAUUAUCUCUAGUGGAAACGUGAAGAAUGAUAGGACAGGGACUGGUACAUUAUCUAAAUUUGGUUGCCAGAUGACGUUCAAUUUGCGCAGAAGUUUUCCACUUCUGACAACAAAGAGAGUUUUCUGGAGAGGUGUUGUUGAAGAACUUCUAUGGUUCAUAAGCGGUUCAACCAAUGCAAAGCUACUUCAAGAAAAGGGUAUCCAUAUCUGGGAUGGGAAUGCGUCAAGAGAGUAUCUUGAUGGUAUUGGACUGACUGAGAGAGAAGAAGGUGACCUUGGACCCGUUUAUGGAUUUCAAUGGAGACACUUUGGUGCUAAGUACACAGAUAUGCAUGCUGAUUACACUGGCCAAGGAUUUGAUCAGCUCUUAGAUGUAAUCAACAAGAUCAAGAACAAUCCUGACGAUCGCCGGAUUAUAAUGUCGGCUUGGAAUCCUUCUGACCUUAAGCUGAUGGCACUUCCUCCAUGCCACAUGUUUGCUCAGUUUUACGUUGCAAAUGGAGAGCUUUCAUGUCAAAUGUAUCAGCGCUCAGCUGAUAUGGGUCUGGGUGUACCGUUUAACAUCGCCUCGUACUCCCUUCUUACAUGUAUCCUCGCUCAUGUCUGUGAUCUUGUUCCUGGUGACUUCAUCCAUGUGAUUGGUGAUGCUCAUGUUUACAAAAACCAUGUCAGGCCUCUGCAAGAGCAACUUGAGAACCCACCAAAACCAUUUCCUGUUAUGAAGAUCAAUCCAGAGAAGAAACACAUUGAUUCUUUUGUCGCUGCUGAUUUUGAGCUCAUUGGCUAUGAUCCUCACAAGAAAAUAGAUAUGAAAAUGGCUGUUUAGCCUCUCACAAGAAUGUUAUUUAACCAAAAAUUUAAAGUUUUGUGUUUGUGUGUGACUUUCUUUGAUUCAAACGUGUGAGAUUUUAAUAUA